CGUUUCUAAGUCAGUGUAACAUUUACUUUCGGUUUUGAAAAAGUCGAGGCGUUGGUGGUAAAAUGGCGCACAUUUCGGCCAGAUUUCUCGUUUGAUUUUGAAACAUGGAGGCAUAAAUGGCACAACAUCUGCAAAUCAAGAGAGACCAAAGCCCAACUGGUAAUCGUCCCAACAUGAGUGAUCUGAGGAUUGUCCUGGUGGGGAAGAACGUGACAGAAAACAUCAGAGUGGGAAACUUAAUCUUAAAUAAAAAUGUGUUUGGAAAGAAAACACCACAACCUGAUGUGGAGACAUUCGCGGAAAGAGUGGAGAGGAGAAGCAUCACAGUCAUCAACACAACUCACCUGCUCAAGCCAGUACUCAGACUACAAACAAUAGCACAAUACGUGUCCAAGUUGUCUCCUCCUGAACCUCAUGUGAUCAUACUGGUGCUGCAGCACAAUGAUUUUAGUCAGAAAAAUAGAGACAUAUUACCUUCAGUGUUGAACUGCUUUGGUGAGCAGGCGAUGAAGCGCACUAUGAUUCUGACUACUGAUGAUGAGACACACAGCACUGAACAUACAUUUGAAAAUAAAUAUAUUCAAGAAAUAUCUACAGAAUGUGGAGGAGGACGCCUUCAACUUGCACAAAAUACACAACGCUCUCAAAUACUUCAACAAGUGGAUGAAAUAAUCAGUCAUGGUGUAGUUGAAGAGACACAGCAGGUCUCAUCGCUGCAUGAAGAAGACAGCAAGAGGCAAAGGCGACGAAGUCAAAGUGAAGAACGCCCUAACAUGUGUGAUCUGAGGAUUGUUCUUCUGGGGAAGAAUGUAUCAGAAAACAGCAGAGUCAGAAACUCGAUCCUGGGAAUAGAUGUGCAUGAGAGUGAUGCACCUAUAAAGCAGCACGAUGUGCUGAAAAUCAGUGGAACAGUGAAGAACAGACACGUCACAGUCAUUAACACUCUUCAUCUGCUGAAUCCUAACCUCUCAGAUCAUCAGAUCACACAGACAGUGAGAGAGUGUGUGAAUCAGUCUGAUCCAGGACCUCAUGUCUUCAUAAUCACACUGCAGUAUAAAGACUUCACUGAAGAGGACCUGAGAAGAGUGAAAUAUGUGCUGGAGAGAUUCAGUGGAGAAGCGAUUAAACGUACCAUCGUUCUCACGACUGAUGAAGAGAGAGAUUACUCAAACAUGAGGCCUAUGAUAAAGCAGACAGCUAUUCAUCAGUUAAUAAAGGAGUGUGGAGGAAGACAUAUGGAGUUUGAAAAAAAAACCCCAGAAUGGCAAUCUGACAUACUCAAGAGGGUUGAUAAGAUACUUCAGGAAAACCAGGAAAAAUGUCUCACAUGUGAAAUAUUUCAUGAUGCUGAAGGAACAUCAGUGGAUGAAGAGCAAAGAUCUCAUGGUUUAGUCAGAUCAGAGGAAAAAAACAAAGAGCGUUCUUAUUACAACGAUGAUGGAAAACCAAAACAGAGCAAGAGAAGUGAAGAAAGUCUAAUUGAUAUAAGAGACUGGAUUCGCUCCAACUUGCCAGCAAAUUUCUCUGGAAAACAGAAGCUGAACCUGGUUCUGUGUGGAAGUGAUCCAACAUUUAAAGUCUCUGUGUCCAAACUUUUACGAAGAAAAAAUAUAACACCACAUCAGAGAGAGAGCAGUGAAGAGUGUGUGAAGAAAGAGGAGAGGACUCAUGGUCGUCUGAUCAGUCUGGUGGAGCUUCCAGCUCUGACUCGGCUCUCAGAGAAGGAAGUGAUGCAUCAGACUCUCUGCUGUGUGUGUCUCUGUGAUCCUGGAGUUCAUGUUUUCCUCCUCAUUGUUCCUGCUGGUCCACUGACUGAUGAAGACAAAACAGAAUUAGAGAAGAUCCAGAAUAACUUUUAUUCCAGAGAGCAUUUCAUAGUAAUGUUUAUCAGUGAAGGCACUGUUAAAAGACCAGUGACAGAGUUUAUAAAAAACAGCCCAGAAUCUCAGAGGUUAAUCAGUCGUUGUGGAGGUCGGUACUGUGUGAUGGGUUUAAAAGAGCAUGAAAACUCAAGACAGAUCCCAGAACUACUGGAUUAUAUAGAGAACAUGAAGACUGAACCAUAUUCACCUCAGAUUUAUGUGCAAGCUCAGGAGAACAGAGCCAGACAUCAAACAGAGGAGAAAUAUGAAGAGAAACUGAAGAAAAUGGAGGAUGAAAUCAUAGAGUUAAAGCAGAAGAUUCAGUCAGAAGAAUGGAGAAUGAGGACCAAGAACUGAGAGUGUACUCACACUAGGCACGGUUGCCUUGAACUGAGCCUGAGCACGAUUAUCCCCCCUCCUCACUCCCCCGCUGGCCUGCACUCACACUUGCACGAAACAUUCUGGGCCGGAGCACGCUUACGCAGGGGCGGACUUAACCAAUAAGCGAGGUAAGCAGCCACUUAGGGCCCCGGGGAAUCAGGGGGCCCCAUCUAACAGGCCUAUUGAUGAAACAUAUUUGCAGCGUUGAGCAGUGUAGCCAAUCACAGACAUAUCGUUUAAUUUCUUGAACACAAUGACCCGAAGUGUUUAAGUAGAAUCCAC